AUGAUCGGGGCAAAGGGACAUGUUCAAAAUGACCGCACAAAAGGAGAUCAUGAAGAUACCAGAAGAAGAGAGCAUCCUCAUAGAAAAAAUAAGGAACAGGACACCAGUUUAACCAUGCCGCAGGAAAAGGGCAUCUUCAUAGAGGAGAUCGCACAAGAGAGGACAUCUUCAGAAGACCGCGAAAAAGGUUACAUCAUCGUAGAGAAGAUGAGACACAGAAAAACAUCUUCACGAUCCCGCGGAAGAAGGGAGCAUCCAUAUAAAACAAAUGACACAAAACGAUAUAUUGAGACUGCCGCCGGAAGAUAG